AUGAAGGAAGACAUUGAUCCUGAAUCUAGAAUAGCUCGAACAGCCUCGGAAACUGGACGGAGCAUUGAAGACGACACGGCACGAAAACGGAAAAAACGAGUAUGGAAAGAAAACAUAGUAAGACUCGGAAGUUGGAACAUUACAUCAUGGAGCAACAAAGACUAUGAGGUGGUCGUAGAAAUAGAGAAAAACAAAAUAGAUUUCUGCGCACUAUCAGAGACCAAGAAGAAAGGCAAUGGCAGUCAAAGGUACCAAAACUACAUACUGUUUUAUAGUGGAGUCGACAAGAACUUGCGAGCACGGGGAGGAGUAGGGUUACUAGUGAAUAAAAAAUUUGAAAAAGAUAUUAAAGAAGUACAGUAUAUAAGUCAUAGCAUCAUACAGAUAACAGUAGAGCUGGCCAACGAAAGAACACACCUACUAAGUAUAUAUGCACCUGAUGUAAGCAAACCGAAAGAAGAAAGGGAAGCUUUUUUUGAUACCUUGCAAGCUACGUUAGAUGAAAUACCCAGUAAAGACAAAGUGUUUAUUAUGGGCGACUUUAACUCAAGAAUUGGGAACACAGUUAUCCCAGGAAUCAUGCAUAGUUUCAACGAAGGAGCAGUGAAUGAUAACGGAGAUAUAUUGAUAGAUGUAUGCGCCCUCAACGAAUGA